UAGACAAGUAGCCGACAGCUUCAGUUUUACUGCAUUUCACCAAGAGUUAGGAAGUAUUUUUUCUUAAUAAAAUGUACAAUAAAUUGUUUUUAUUAUUGUGUGUGCUGUUCGCAAUACAGUUUACAGCAUUUGCACACCCAUUGGAAAAUGACAAGGAUGCACAAGAAGUAGCCGAUAUUAAGCCGCCAAAAGAGCAAAGCAUAAUACCGGAUACACCUGGUGUGCAGGAGUUCAAAAAAGACAUAGUGAGUCACGUAAUAGCAAGCCUUGGGAACGAGGAAGGAGACGAAACUGGUGUCCAAAGUGCGCAAUUGUCUUCAGCAGAGGUAGAUUUGCCCUGCUUGCCAAAUGAUGCUGUUAGAAUACAUGUGCUUAGAAGCAAUUUCCCGUUGCCAGAGCGCCUUUUCCAUGCACCAAAGAGAUGUUCGGAGGAAGAGAAUAAAUGAAGCUUACAUGAAAUUAAAUAUAAAUCACUCUUUAAGAAUUUAUAUUUCUGUAUUUUUGUUAUAUAUUGUGACUUUAGUAUUUUGUAUUAUUAGCAAGGUCUUUUACAACUACUAAGAAAUAAAAUAAACAAACAAUUUGGUAGACGAAACAGAA